AUGCAAGCCCCAGCAACAUUCUCAAUGUCUCCAAGCAUCAGAUACAUGGAACUCGAUAUCCAAAAUGCCAUAAAUGCUGUCAAAAAUGGCAUAUCGGUGAAGAAAGCUGCCCUUCUGUCUGGUGUUCCUCGCCAAACACUCCAGGAUCGACUGCACGGUAAAGCAACUUCAAUGAAAAUUGCAAAAGAAAGGUUCCAACGCUUCUCUCCAAGCUGGGAAGAAUGCAUAUCUUGUUGGGUCUUUUUCAAGACAGCGGAGGGCCAGCCUCCAACGAAUCAACAAAUUAAAGAAUUCGCCCAAGGCCUCCUCCGUGAGGAAGACGAAAAACCUCUUGGCAGGAAUUGGAUGACAGGCUUUCUGCAUCGUAAUCGCGGAAUUCAGAUUAUACGCUGGCUAUCAGUGCCGAUUACUCUUGAAUUACCGCAUGAUAGCCAGGUUUCAUACCACUGGCACAAAGCGUUGUAUUCCCAACGUAUCAUCUUCGAUUUGGCCAAGCGUGAGACUCAGCAGCUUUCUACUUCCGAAUUUGACUUUCGGGGAGCCACACAGACCUAUCAGACUCUUAAAUGCUCCAUAAUGCAUUUCAAUGAUAAAGAUUUCGCCAAUGGCGGUCUAAUUCUUAUGAAAGCAUUUAAAAUUCUUGAGGUUGAGUUGUCUGAAGGCAACUUCAAUGUCAUUCAAGAUAUCUGUUUGAACCUCCUUGGGACCCUUGUCCGUUACAAUUAUCCUGACGUCGGUACUAUAAUGCUCCAGCAUUGCAGUAAAUUAUUCAGGAUAAAGGACGAACAACACCCAUAUUGCUCUUUCUUCGAAUGUUUGACCAAAGUUUUUGGUAACAACAAAGCUCAAUUAGAGUACUACCUUCCGCUACUUACUAGGCUCUACGCUGAAGAGCUCGAGUAUUUACGAGGCCGCACCGACCGAAGUUCCAUACAAGCAAAACGCCGAGAUCGCCAAAUUGUACGGGAUUCCAAGAAGGUAGCUACAACCGAGGACACUGACGAAAUGAUCAUUUCUUCUGAAAGCCUUCUGAAGUUGGUUAUCUCACAGCUCGGGCCUCUUGACGACAAAACUCUACGGAUUGAAAAUGAGACUCUAAGAAUGCAAAGCUAUGUCGGCAAAUACGAACCGAACUAUAUCAGCAGGGUUGAGCAAUCAAUCAGUAAGAUUGAAGAAUGUUAUGCGUCUGAACAGGUGCCCUUUAAGGAUUGGAGCAAGUCACACCAAUCUGCGUUCCUACGCUUCCUAGAACGGAAGUUCGACUAUUAUAAACACUCCAACGACCAUAAUGCAGCAAUAAAAACGGCAGGAUGUAUUUUGGAAAACGAAGGUUACCAGACCGAGCGCUGGAUUGUGUUUUCCCUCCAGUUCGAAUCGUGGCUCCGAGACAUAGGAGACACGGAGCCGUAUUCGUACAUGUAUUAUCGACUGGAGCGGCUCAAGUCGAAUUAUUAUCAGAAGCUAGCAGAACUAUCUACCGAGGGUCAAGAUCUACAGCCACGAACGAUUUCUGAGCUACGUAGGCUCAACUUAUACUAA